GUCUGUUCUGUGGCCCAAUUAUUGUUCCCAGUUUUUGAAUGUUAUUAUUUUUUUAUCCACCGUUUUAACUUCCACCCUAAUAUCGCCUUCGCUUGGAACAACAGUUUGAGUCACCAUGCCGAAAAAGCAAGUGGAGGUUGUCGUUCGACCUCGAGCCCAAUCCAGAAGGGCUGCGAGUAAAGAGGCCCUAAAACAAAUGCAAAUAUUGUUGGGAGACGAAGACGACGACGCCGUCGAAAUUCCGGACGACGACGACGAAGUGAUUCCUAUUCCUGUGGUGGUCUCACCACCUAGAAAAAAGUAUAAACUCACUCACCGAAAGUCAUCGGACGGUAAUGAUCGAGAGGUGCUAGUGUUGAAAAGUAUUUCGUCUCCGGCCCCGCCAGUCGCUGAAGUCUCGCAACCGCCUCCCAUGAAACUUAACCAUGAAGGAGAAAACAAUCUAGAACUGGAAUGUUGGCCUGAAGACCUUGAGCCGUGCCAGAAGCAGCGAAACGAGGCCAUCCAAAAUGAGCAGAGAGAACUGGAUGCCAAACUCGAUGAACUCAUCAAAUCGUGCAAGGGCGAAGUGAUCUACAAGGGGAACCUGACGACUUUGAUUGAAGUGGGCGAGCAGAUUCAGAAAACCAUUAGUGUCGUCAAAGAAACGCAGCAGUCGAACAUAAUUUUAAACAACAGCGUGUCGAACAUGGGCGGCGGCCAUCAGGCGGCCGGUUACCAGCUGGUGAUGGACCCGCGGCUCGGCAUCAUCGUGGGGACGGUCCAAACGCCCCAAGCCUCCAAGCCGAUGUCGAAGGUUCAGGUUUCGGCGAACGUCCAGCCCGCGGGUGUGUCGAACGUGGCGACCCGGUCGAGGAUAACCAGGAAGAACAAAAUACAGACUCCCGCUAUCGGUGCCGGUACCGCCGUGCUGAGUACCGCCUCCUCCGGCAUAGGUACCCGUUCGGUGGUCAGCUCUUCGAAGCAGUUGAACAAGAGGAUGGUGGCGUCGCCCAUAGGGCCGCCGGCCACCAGAGCCCGGGUGUCCGAAGCGUCCGCCAAGGUCAAGCAGGUCACCGCGAAAGCAACAGAAAUACCGUCGGGUUCGGGAGGCGCGAACCCCAAACCCACCGAGACCAACGUGGAGGGAGGGCUGAGCACAAACGGCGGUAACCUCAGGCUCAAGGCGUUCGUCGAUCUCACUUCCGACGACGGCAAACCCCUGCCGGACAGUCGCGAGAUCUCAUUCAACAAGCUUCAAGGCAAAACGUAUCCGUCGUUAGUGGUGGUCGCUAGGCCCCACCUCCGAGUCGUCGACGUAAACACCGACCGGUCGACCUUGGACGCGAAGGUCAAAUCGGUACUGAUGUACGCGCCGACCAAGUUCACCGAAUGGCUUAUACAGCAGGGACUGGUCAAGUCGGAGCAAAAGUGCUCGAUUCACGUGAACAACCAACUGAAACUCGGCAUGUACAGCGACGUAUCCAAAUUUCCUUAUUCCGGGGGCUACGUGUGGAUAUCCGAGUGCUGCCCCCAACGGUUCGUCUCGGUGUUUAGCGGAUCGAUAUUCGAGGGAUCGCCUCAUCCUCCACUUGUCAUCCUGAAGAUACUGUACCACUGGGCGUGUCAGACCAACAUCCAGAACGUCACGCAGUGGGUGAAGGUGGAUAACUUGUACGUGAAAGGAAUGUACACUUGGCUGAGGUCCAUCUGCAGCGUAGCCCUCCAGACGCAUAUCCGGCAGCUGGGCGGGCCUCAAACCAAGGUCGAAGUGGGCGUGAUCUCCCUGGGGACGACGUCCCAGGACGGCAACUCGCGCCAAGUAAAGGUAGAAGUGUUGGGCAUCCUGGAGACGCAAUCGAAGCUGAUUCGAUUGCGGGCCAUCGAGCCCCUAGCGGACGGGGACCGAAACUACAGGAAACGCUUCUCGAAGAUCCUCGAGCCGCUCGCUCGGUGGGUUCAUCCCGCGAGUACCAUCAUCACCGACCUCACCGUCGACAAGGCGACCCUGCAUCAGAUGGGAUUCACGCACGUCGCGCAGACCACAUCGGGCGAUACGACCAACUCGAACCGCACGAUCAUGGAGUACCUGCGACGGAUCGUGCCGCGCAUGUUCCAAAACACCCUCUCCCUAUUGUCGCGACAGAUCAUCCAGCAGUUCCUAGACGAGCUCGUGUGGCGCGAAUGGUUCGGUACCACCUCCAUGCAGGCGUUCGACAACCUGAUCAUCCACCUGGCCGAGCAGACCCGAUUCGAGUCGGCUCAAAGUCUCAUCGUGAGACUGAACCGGGUCGCGAUGAACCCUUUCAAGAACUGGGCGAUCGCCGCCUCGGCGGCGGCGGCCGCGCCAUCGUCGACGGGAGCCGCGAAAACGAUCGACUGCGGGAAGAAGAGGAAACGGAAAGAGGCGACGUCGGAGGCGGCGGCACCGAAAACGACGACGCAAGCGUCGGAGGCGGUACAGGUCGCGAGACCGCCCAAGUCUACGUCCCCCGACGUGCCCGAGCAAUUGGUACCGCUCGAGAACUACUACUACGGUACCAUAUCGCACUACCAGCCCAAGACGAACAUCACGCUCAACAUGAAGUGUCCGAUGUGCAAGGAGUCCUUCGACAACAACAUCGUGCUGAUGAAUCACCUGUUUAAGCACGCCCACAACGUUUCGACCGACGGCCAGAUGUGCCGGUACUGCCUGACGAGCGCCCCAACCGCCAACGAUUUGAUGAAGCACAUCGCGAUCUCCCAUCCGACCGAGACGAAGUUCGAUAACGGCUUCGUGUGUCUGAUCUGCGAGACGCAGUACAUGAACCCGUUCGUGCUCGGCAAGCACAUGUCGAAAGAGCACUGCCCGUCGGAGCUGCCGUACCAGUGCGGUACGUGCGGUCACCGCUGCUCGAACCACAAACAGGCGAUUGACCACUUCUACAACCAGCACGACAGCGGUCCGACGAUCCAGUGUCCGUUCUGUCUCAAAUCGACGACCGUGUUCAGUUCGUCGCGGAAUAUCGUUCAGAACAUGACCUUCUUCAUCCAGCACCUGCAGAAACAUCAGCGCAAACAGUUCGCGCGCAGAUGCGGCAAGUGCAACCUAUGGUUCGUCCAGAAGGACGUCUACAAAGACCACCAGACCAAGAUGCACGUGUCGCAACGCGGCAAGAACGGCCUGAUACCGUGGAGCGCGCCCAGAAACGGCGUCAUGGUACCCAAGUCGAAGAUGGACAAGUACCCGUGCGACGCGGAGGGCAUCAACUUCGAGAAGUUGUUCUUCAACCUGCCGAAGAAUCUGUGCUGCAAGGAGUGCGUCACUCCGAUCGACUCAUCCAAACACUUCCCAUCGUUCGAGAGCUGUCAAAACCCGAACUGUCAGUAUUCGACGUGCUGCUCGAACGCGAUGCAGGAGCACAACGCGAAGUGCAGCAAAAACCCGACAGCACCGUCGGUCGCGGAGGAGCCGCUACCCACCGAGAUGUUCUGCGUGUGCGGCUACGGCAACGGGGACGGUAACCAGAUGGCCAAACAUCUGGCGAUAUGCGAGAGAAAGUCCGCGUAUCCCUCUCUGCAAGAAGCGAAGGGCGCGUCCGUCACUCACAGCAUGCUCGACGUGUUGGGUCUGGUCCGUAAGCCGGAGGAGGCGGUGAAGAAGGACGAGGAGGUUGUGGUCGUCGUCCCCGACGACGACAAAGCGGAAGAAGUAAAGGAAUUUGAUUGCGUCGAACUGGUCAAAGAACCACACGCACAGGAGGACGCGAACGCCAGCUCGGUCCCGGUGGAGGAAGAAGGUGCUGAGGAAACCAACGUGGCAGAGGAAGAAACAAAUUAUGAAUGCGAGAAACCUUUGGAAGAAGUAGAGCCUCCAGUGUCGGACGUUGAUGGAGCCUCGCAGAAGGACCGAGACCUUUUGGAAGUCGAUGCCGUCGAGUCUAGGACAGCAGAUCCAGAAGAAGUUGAGAUGCAAAUUGAGAACUCUGACAUGAGUGUGAACAUUGAUAAGCAGGGUGAUAGCCAGAAGAACGAACUUGUGGAAAGCGUCCCGGAAGCAGAGACGGCGGUGGCGCCCUCUGAAGAUAAAAACGAGGUGGAGCCUAUGGCGAUUCAAGAUGCAGAGGAUGGAAGAAGCCCCGACGCUGAGAUCGAUGCAGAUGAGCAAACAAAAGCCGCAGAAAUUAAAGAAGAUGUCCGAGCUGUGUCGGACUAAAUUUUUCCUUUUUUUAUUCACACCUAAUACUAGAAGUUAAAGUAAGAAUUUUAAGUUUAACUUAUGUUUCUUGAUUGUUAAAAUCUUAAAACUUUGCUAAUACAGAUGUCAAACCUGAGAGAUGGUUUUGUGUGAUGUCUCCUUUCCAAAGAAAACCUUUUGUGCCAAUAGAAAAUUAAUACUAGUCCAAGGAUGGUUAGGGGUUUAAUUUCUGGAAUGUACGUUACCAAAAUGUGCAGUCAACCCGGUGGUUCCCAGACUUUCUUGUCAUAGACCACUUUCAAAAUUUAGCUGGAUGCUUUAGGAACU